UUAGCCCCAUGGUAAAUUAAAAUGAAGACAUUGACUUGAGUUGUUUGGGUCUGAGAUAAACAGAGAAAUAGCUCCUUGGUUUCUCCGACAGUGCCUUUCCUUCAUCUCCAAUAGUGCCUUUUCUCCCAUCGCCUCCAAUGUCGUUUUCAGUGCUAUGUGUUUCUUCUUCUCCGAUAGAACCUGUCCUUCCUUCUCUCAGCUUAUUCCAUCUACUCUCGUGUCGCGCUUCUUUCGUGGGUGGGUUAUUUCGUUUUGGUGGAUCUUUCAAUGUCACCCACCCCCAUUCCGUUAGGGUUCUCGGUUCUCUCGUUUGGUCAGGGGUUCGAGUUCUUCCAUGAAUUGGGGAUCUCCGUUAGGCCUUCGUCCGUUGCUUCGAAGAUCAUUCCAUGUGUGGAUCUGGCCAAAGGGUGACUCGAGCUGGGGCAUUUGUUGAUAUUUAGAUGGGUUCGUCGACUGUCAUGGUGGAAGAGUACCUUCAUCCUCUGCCGAGAGGUAUCAUUAUGUGAGAAUGGUGCUGUUGCUGAGAUGGUGUGCAGGAGAGAUGUAUCAGAUGUCAAAUAAUUUCAUUGGUGGUUCAGGUGUUUUUGAUAAUACUUUAAUUAGGGAUAAUGUGUCUGAUUUCAGUGAAGAAGAGGAUAAUAUAAAUGAGGAAUGUGAAGGAGAACCUUCAAAUGAUGUCACGUUAUCACCUUUCUACACUAAUAUUAACAGUGAAGCAUUUGAAGAUACAAAUUUUCCAGAUGGUUACACACAAGAAAGGGCAAAUGGUAGCCAAAAUGUUAGUAGUGAACUUGUGGUAGGCAUGUCUUUUGAGUCAAAAUUGUGUGUGAGUAUCAAUUGAUUAAAUAUCAUUCUAAAUUUCUAA